AUGUACCCUUAUUACCCGACCUGCAUUAGAACCCCUCACCCAAUCUCCAAUACUCCCCUUCCUCCUCCAGACACCCAAAUCAUCCGCCGCUCUCGGUGGCCGCCACCACCACCCCAACCCUUUAAACCUAACCUCCUCCUCUCGCCUAACCACCGGACGAUGGCGUCGUCCGCUUCUCCCUCCGACGCCACCAAAGGCCCCGUCCUCAGCCUCAUCAACAAUCGCCUCUGCGCCCUCCGCAAGAAGCGCAAACGCAUCCUCCAGAUGGAGUCCAUCAACAAGGAGCAGGAGGACGUCCUCCGCUCCAAGCCCUCCGUACUCGCCUCCAUCAAAGAGCUCAAGAAGCUCCGCCGCCAGUUCUCCUCCGCCCUCCGCGACGAUGACGCCCCUGCCGCCCUCGAGAAAGGGGAGGCAAAUAACAAUUUAGCUGCAAACGAUGGAACAGCAGAAGGCGCUUCUUCCACUCACACUUCAGCAGAAGAUCAAGGAAUGGAUAUUUCAUUAGGAUAUGACUAUGAAGUAUUCUUCAGUUUCAGAGGACCAGAUACUCGAUUAGCUUUUACCGACUUCCUUUAUACUAGUCUUCAAGAUGUGGGAAUCCACGUAUUUAAGGAUGACACAGAGCUCCGCGUUGGGGAAGAGUUUGGCCCAAAACUUCUUCAAGCAAUUGAGGCGUCAAAGAUCUCAAUACCUAUCUUUUCGAAAGGUUAUGCCUCUAGCGUAUGGUGUCUCAAGGAGCUAGCCAAGAUGGUCGAAUUCCAGAAAGCUGGAAGACAAAAGAUCAUGCCCAUUUUUUAUAAUGUGGCCCGUUCAGUGGUUCGAUACCAAACUGGGCGUUAUGGAAAGGCCUUUCUUUCACAUGAAAAGAAGGGGCGGUAUGGCCACGAGACUAUAUGUCAAUGGAAGGAUGCUCUCACUGCAGUUGGGGCAAUACACGGAUGGGAUCUCCAUAGCGAGAAGAAGAAAAGACGACAAGGUGAGUUUGCCAAAACAGUUACCGAUAUGAUUUUCAGUGAGUUGAAAAAGGCUCAUUUGGUGGUAUCAGACUGCUUCGUCCGUGUCGACAAACAUGUGGAUCGAAUCAUGGAAAUGAUAGGUGAUGAGACAAGUGAAACACGGAUUAUAGGAAUCUACGGAAUGGGUGGUGUCGGAAAGACGACUAUUGCCAAAAUCAUCUACAAUCGACUUUCAAAAUAUUUCAAACGUUGCUGCUUUCUAUCCAAUAUCCGUGAAAUGUCAGAACGCAAGGGCAUUGAAGACUUGCAGAAUCAACUCAUUUCUGACAUCCUCAAAACGAAACGGCAGGAAGUAAACACCGUAGAUGAUGGGAUUAACACAAUUCAAGAGAGGUUGUGUACUAAAAAAGUCCUCCUCCUUCUCGAUGAUGUGGAUAACAUGAAACAUAUGGAUGCACUCGUAGGUAAGCGUAAUUGGUUUGAUGUAGGGAGCAAACUUAUUAUCACUACUAGAAACAAAGAGGUUCUCAAGAGGUCCGAAGUGGACGACCAGUAUGAGGUUACCGGCAUGGAUCAUGAUCAAUCUCUUCAACUUUUUAGCAAACAUGCCUUCAAAAGAGAUUCUCCUUUAGAUGGGUAUAUCAACCAAUCUGAGAGGGCGAUAAGCAUUGCUGGAGGUCUGCCGCUAGCUCUUAAAGUCAUAGGCUCACUUUUAUUUAACAUUAAAGUGGAAAAGUGGGAUAGCAAAUUAGAGGAGUUGGAAAAUAUUCCUCCUGAGGAUGUUCAGAGUAAGCUGAAAAUAAGUUAUAAUGCGUUACGUUUUCGAGAGAAGCAUAUAUUUCUCGAUAUAGCUUGUCUUUUCAUUGGAUAUGACAAAGAUAUCGUGAUUCACUUCUGGGAUAAAUCUAAAUUUUUUCCGGACGAGGCAAUGGAAGUUUUGCAGAACAUGUCUUUGAUAAGUAUUGAAAAGGACAAUGAAGUAUGGAUGCAUGACCUACUCAGAGACCUCGGAAGAGAAAUAGUUCUUGAAGAAAGUAACUUAAAAAUAGAGAAGCAAAGUAGGGUGUGGGAUCCCGAGGAAGGAGUGGAUUUGCUAAGGAGACGUAAGGGUUAUAAAGAAGCUGAAGCUCUCCGGCUCCGCCUUGACCAUCGGCGGCAGUAUUGUUUUACCUAUGAGGGCUUUGAGAGCCUGUCAAAACUAAGGUUCCUUGAAGUGGAAAAUGAAGAGAGCCUUAUUUGGCACCAAUCGCCAUCAAAUGGUCCUCCAACUAAUGAGAAUUCAGAUCUCCUUCCACAUUUACGAUGGCUUUCAUGGCAUCGUAUUCCCCCAACAUUUAACAUUACAAAUUUCUUCAUGGAGGGUGUGGUUUUUCUUGAUCUAUCUGAGAGUGAAAUUACGGAUGAUUGGAAGGGGUGGAGCCAUAUGGAGGUAUCUUAUAUGCUAGACAACUCUUAUUAUUCCGUCUUAUUAGAUUCGAAAGUAAUCUUUGCGUGA